CGAAAGAAUAGUUAAUGCUCACCGAACUCGUUUCUUUAUUUAUCAUCUCUCUAUCAAGUAUCUAUCUACAUAGUAUCUAUAUAAAUGGAGUCAAAAGAUUGAGAGUUACUUUUAGUUAUCAACUCUUUAUUUUGUGAGUUCUUCAGAUUCGUUUCUUACUUCGAAAACUCACUGGUUCUUUCUUACAGCAAUAGCGUUUCUCCUCAAGAAGUUCACAAAUGGCAGAAGAAGAAGAAGAAAGGAGAAGGCACCCUGUGCUGGCCAAAACUUUUUCCCUAGAGGAUGAGAAAGAUUCUGAGCACACAGCUUCGAAUGUAAUCCGCAAGAUCCUCAGCCUCUUUAAGAACGUGCGCCCAGGAUCCGAUCUCACCAAUUUCCAGCUGCCACCUCAGCUGAACCUACCAAGAUCAAACCUCCAAUGUUACGGCGAGAUGGUCUACUUAUGCAGGAAGGAUCUGCUUGGGGAAUGCAGUCGUCGUGAUCUUCCCAUCGAACGGCUCAAAUCGGUGGUGACAUGGAACAUCUCCACACUCCGUCCGCUGGUUUUUGGCAUGUCUCCUUACAAUCCCGUUCUCGGCGAGACUCACCACGUCUCCAACGGUCACAUUAACGUCAUCGUCGAACAAGUAGUGCACCAUCCUCCGGUGUCCGCACUUCAUGCGACUCACGAGAAGGAAAAGAUCGACGUGAUAUGGUGUCAAUAUUUCACUCCUAAAUUUCGUGGUGCUUACGUGGAUGUUGAGAUAAAGGGUAAAAGAGUAAUGAAGCUUCUCAAUCACAAAGAGACUUAUGAGAUGAACCAACCGAGACUAAUUAUGAGAUUCUUACCGACGCCAAGAGCUCACUGGACAGGAAAAGUCAAGAUAAAGUGUCCGGAAACCGAUCUUGAAGCUGAGAUAAAUUUGAUGUCCGAUUCAUUCAUCGAAAGAUUCAGAGGCAACAACAAUAGAUCCAUUAAAGGAAAGAUCUUUGAAUCUUCCACUGGUAAUGAGCUCUACAACAUCUUUGGCCAUUGGGACAGAGCAGUAAUGGCUAAAAAUGUAAAGACUGGUGAGGUCGAGGUUAUAUACAAUGCCGAGGAGAAUAUCACAGGACUCAAACCUCCAAUAGUCAAGAAUCUUAAAGAGGUAAUGGAGAGCGAGUCAGCGAUUAUAUGGAGUGAAGUAAGUGAAGGAAUACUGAAGAAAGAUUGGGAAAGAGCAAGGGAAGCUAAGUGCCUUGUGGAGGCGAAGCAGAGAGAGUCUCUGAAAAACAGAGAGGCUUCAGGUGAGUUAUGGGUUCCUAAACACUUCUCAGUGGUCAAAGACGGUAAAGACUGGGACCUCUCACCGCUACAGUCCACGGUUCCUCGGGCUCCACUCGUCAUCACAGAGGCAGAAGGGGAGAAAUCAUAAAUCAGUUUCAAGAUUCCAACAUUCUAUGUUGAUAAUAGCUUCUUAAGUUAUAUUAUCUAGUUAAAAGUUAACAUAUAAUUAAGCCGAUAAUGACAUGUCCGUUAAUAAUCAUAAAUGUGAAUGGUGUUUUUGUCACUUCAUUACUUACUAGGUUGAAUAUAUCAUAUAUGAGUGGUACGUCAGGUUUU